AUGAGUGCAAAUGAUAGAGAUACCACCGUAACAGAACUUUUGGCCGCUGUCCAGUUGAAGUUGGAGAGUGAAGACCAGCAGGGGAUCAGAUAUGGGCCAGGGAAUCGAGACGACGUUAGAGCUGAGAUCCUUCAGCAAAUACAGACAGGGAAGCAAAUCAUGAGCCGCCUCUGGACGCGGUACAACGCAGCCCAACCAAUCAGCCAACUCCCCGUCGAAACACUCCUUCAUAUCUUCUCUCUUACACAGCCCUACGACCAUGACAUCUUCCCGCCUCUCACGGAAUCUGAGCUGAAGGGCAUGAACGCGUGGAUCGCCGUUGCCCAGGUAUGCCACCACUGGCGCACCAUCGCGCUGGGCGACCGCCGCCUCUGGUCCAACAUCGUCCUCGGGCCGACUAUCAUGUCGACAGGUGACCCCGACCUGGCGCUUGGCGCGUUGGUAGAGAGGAUGGGCCCACACGUACCCUUCCACCUGCACCUUGCACUCCAAGCCCAUGCCCGCUCGAUCCACCCGAGGGGGAAAGGGCACGUGUAUAGCUCUAUUACACACCCACAGGUGCUGCUGCGCUUCCUCGGCGCGAAUUCUGCGUGUGUGCGGAGCCUGCAUGUCUCCGGGGCGGCUUACAUGGGUAGCAAUGCGCUCUGGAAAGUGCUCGACCAGGCUCUCCCUGCGCUCGAGAGUCUGCAUCUCUCUCUAGCGCAUGAGGACUCACUGCAGCACUUCUCCCAAGCACAUACUGGUGGGCCGUCAGCGACCCGCCCCCUACCGCGAAUCCUGCAAGGUGCUCCGAGCAACACGUUAAAGAAGUUAUCCUUACAGCAGAUUACGCAUUGGCCGGAGAACAAGGGUACGUUUGCGGGUCUGACGCAUUUGGCGCUGAUGGACCAGUACCCUCGCGAGCGCCUGCACUUUGUCGACUUCCUCCACCUUCUCCAACGCCUUCCGCUCUUGGAGGUUCUGGGGUUGUUCUUUGCGGGCCCGCAGCGGUACGACGGCAACAGCGACGACAACGAGCAGCGUCGGCCAAAGACCAGCCUUGCAAGGCUCAGGAAGCUCGAGUUCGAGUGGACCGACGGCCAGGAUAGCCCCUGCCAGUUGCUCGAACACAUGGAUCUGAAUAAUAAGCCGUCGCUCGAGAUUGUGCUGAGCAGCAAGUCGCUCUAUGGUGGGGAUCGGUCCAGGGGGGUCACCCAACGCACGCUGCCCCCGCCUGAGCUCCUCCAGACGGUCACAUGCCUCUUGAUCCAGAACGAUGGGACAAAGGAGUUUUUGAAGCUAACCACUUCCACGCUACCGAACGCCCCGAAGAAGGGGGUGUUAGAGAUCAACACGAGCAUGGGGCGGGACACCGUCCUUUCAUCGAUGGCGAAGAACCUUCCGAACGUGCAUGAUGUGCGGGUGUACAUCCCUACCCCCUCGCGCAGAAGUGCGAGCAGCCUGUUCGACCUACCGUCGUCCCGCUCGAGCUGGAGUCCAGCCAAGUCGCAAGACCAGCACACGCUCGUGGACACGCUCGACCUUUUCCCGAAGCUCACGCACGUCCGACUCGAGUACGCGUUCGACUAUUCCGCGCUCGUCUCGCUGUUAGCUUUACCGGUGUACGAGGACCAUAUCCAAGCUGGAAGCACCGGGCGGUCACGGCAUGUACACUUCCAGGAUGGGGCGGUCACCAUCAGCUCGUCGAGUAACACGAUGAUCAACAUUAGCAGCACGGUUAGCACAAAUUCUAUGAUGCAAGUUCACUUCAACUCGGGCCCGGGCGGCACGAACACCAUGUACAGUAUCACAGGGGGCGGAGUUGUCCGAAGUCGCUCGUCGCGGGAUGGGCUGCCGUCACGGUCGGCGCGGGGCGGCCCUAUGCAGGAGCAGGAGAACAGCUCAGGCAGGCUUCCCUGGCCUAACUUGAAGGUGCUUACCGUGCAUGAAUUGCCAACUCUCAAGCAACAUCGGAAGGACAGUGUCACACAGCACGCAGUGAGGAUCGUGUCCUCCUUGUACGACUCUUCGAGGAAGGGCACUGUCUCUGGAUGCGAAACGGGAGAUCUGGAGGAGUACGCGAUAUCGCGAGAUAGUAUUACGGCGCAGAGUGAUAGCAGACCCGUCGGUGCGAGUGGAAGGGAGAAUGGGAAUAGAAACGGAAGUGAUAGGCCAUCCGCGAAGAGGGCGCAGGAGGGAGGGAUGUACGUACUCGUCAUUGUUCCUCGCAAACCGGAUGGAUCGUUGAGGGUGAAUAUGAAGCCUCUAGGAAGGGUGUUGCCGAAAGUUGACGGAGAAGGGAGGCAGGAAUGGUUUUAA